GUUUCGACGAUGAGGACAACGACAGGCAACUUAAGGACACACAUAUAUGUAAAUGAUUUCAAAAAUAAAGCUAUACGCUUGUUUUAAAGCCCCAUGGCAAUUUAAAAAGCUUCAUAUUAAUGCGCAAGGCGGAGGAUGUAUAGGGAAAGUGGGGAAUACUCCUAUGUUUAUUUGCAAAAACCUCCCAGAUUUCCAAUAUCAGAAAGCCUAGAACAGGCAAGAUAAUUUGAAUUUUGUUUUAUGCUUAUUUGCACCUUUGACCCCUUCGUUCCUGGUAAAGUUUAUUUCCUGCAGGAUUGGAAUGGGUUGGUCUGUCAUGGUUUUAGCAACUGAAAUUUUCACAAAUAAGAAAAUUUUAUGUGUAAGAGGUAAAUUAUAAUUGCCAUUUUAUUUUUUGGAAAUAAGAUUUUUUUAAUUACUCCCCCUUAUUCAUAUCAUAUCAUAUAUUUAUAAUCUAACGUAACAAAGUAGAAGACACAUUGAGUUUUCUUUGCCGCAAUCUUUUGGCCAAGAAAGAUUGCACUCAAAGAUUUAUCACAAUGCUCUUGGUAAAAUUAGAUCACCAAGUCUGAUACGACCCUCCCUCCUUUUUUGAGGAUCAUUCAUUUAGUCUUUAAAACCCACCGAGUAAGCCGUUGGAACUUGAUACUUGUAACAUAUUCGACACAGGUAACUAAGUGCUGACGUUGGAUAUGUAGUUAUUGGAAACCAUAAAACUGGAAAGUUUAAAUGAACAUUCAGAAAUAUCUAGAGCUAUGUCGGAUUCAGAAAACAGCGAUUCAGAUACGGCUAAAGAACAAUAUUCUGAUGAUGAGGAAGGGGAGGAGGAGGUGAAGGAAUUAUACAUUGACGAAGAUGAAUUUUGGGAUGCAAGUGAAACUGACGACGAAAUCGAUGAACCAUCAUCAGAUAUCAAUAACAAAGAUAGUGCAUCAACAAAACCAAAAGUGUUGCACCCAACCCGCAGUGCCCAAUACGCCAUACUUUGCAAUCUUUGCAGUAGGUCUUCUGUCACAAGCUAUUGUAUCCCUUGUCGCGUAAGUCUCUGCAGUAACUGUGUUGACAAACACACUUGUAGUUUAUCCAAACCCCACAAAGUUGUGCCGUACCAAGAAAAACAUGCUGCCACUAAAAACCCGGAAUGCAAGGAACACGCUAAAAACUAUUGUCAAUUUUACUGUGAAGACUGUGACAUUUCUCUCUGUCAUACGUGCUUUUCAUCGGCAAAACAUAGACGACACAAGAUCUCGGACGAUCUAAAAAAGGGCAAAAGGGAAAAGGUUAAAAAAGAUUUGAAAGAAUUGAAAGAAAACAUAUUUCCCUUUUACCAAAAUAUAGCGCUGGAUUUACAAAGAGAAAAAACCGCUGUUGAAAAACACUACGAAAGACUUGAUGCUGCCGUAUCAAAACAUGGAGACAACUUGUUGAAAAAAAUGAAAGCUGUUGUUGAAAAGGGAAAAUCGUGUAUUAUGGAAGGGAAAUCAAAACACAUUUCAACUCUAGAAAAACAGGAAAUUAGUAUUGCUAAGAAAAUGUCUAAAUUAGAUCGCCACAUUCUGAAACUGAAACAAUUGCUUGACACCAGUGAUGAAUUUAUCGCCUCUGAAUACGAAUCAAAGAAUUCAAAAUUCAACAGAAUGCCAUCUAGGAAGAUAAUUCCACUUCUCAAAUUUGUACCAAAUAGAAUAGAUGAAAACAAUUUACACCAAAAUUUUGGUUUUCUCACUUUUUCAGCUGUCACACAGAAUAAAGAUGGCUUUAUCAUGACAAAACCUUCAGCCCAUAAACCAGAAAUUAUCAACACUAUAACAACUGGAAAAAAGGGAGGCACCAGCAGCAUAGAAUGGUGUAGUAAUAGCGAAGUCUGGACAACUUGGUGCAAAGUUAUGAAAUUACGCAAUCUGAACGGAGAACUUCUGAAGCAAAUUGAAACCAAGUCAGGGUAUAAUGUGGGGGGUAUAACAACGACAAAGAAAGGCUAUCUUGUGUAUUCGGACCCAGACUCUAAAACCAUUAACAGGAUGAAGAAAAAAACCAUUAAAGAAGUUAUCACAUUGCAUGGGUGGACACCUUGCGGUGUUUGCAGUACUUCCCUUGAUGGCCUAUUGGUGACCAUGAUCAGCAAUGACAAGAAACAAUCAAAAGUUAUCCGCUAUACGGACAGCUUCGAAGAAAGCCUAACAGCUCAAUUUGAUAACAAAGGCGUGCCUCUGUAUUCCAAAAGCAGCAAGAAGUUUGUUAGUGAGAAUAAAAACCUUGAUAUCUGCGUGGCAGACAGGGGUUCUCUUGCUGUAGUAGUUGUCAAUCAGACCGGUCGUCUUCGUUUUAGAUAUACAGGCUCUCCUUCUACUAUAAAAACUUCACUUAAACCAGACGGCAUCGCCACAGAUAGCCACAGUCAGAUUUUGACUGCGGACAGUCACAAUAAGAGAAUCCACAUUGUAGAUCAAGAUGGACAUUUUCUCCGUUAUAUUGCAGUUGACAAAUCGGAUUGUCCAUUCAGUUUAUGUGUCGAUACCAAAAACACAUUGUUUGUGGCUGGAAAAAAGAGUAGAAAAAUAAAGAUGAUCAAUUAUACUUGAAUAAAACAGGCAAAAUGUUUGUAACAUAUAAAUGAACGUAUGCUAUCUUUAACUGUUAGUGCAUGGCAUAAUAGGUUUUAGUUGAUCAAUGUAUUCAUGUGCAACAAUGAUUUCAUCGAAGAUUGACAUCAUUCAUUUAAUUCGAUAAAGACUUUAAAUGUUAGGCGAAGACAAUAGAAGCACCCCUCUGACAAAUUGUUACAGCAAAAUUAAUGGUUACCACAACGCAUUGUAUAUAUAAUUAUCCAAUUAAAAACGGAACGAAUAAUUGGGUGCAUAUCAGUGAAUCUUUGAGUCCUUUGUCCUGAGGAAAGAAGUGGACAGUCGCACACAAUCUAAAACUCUAUCAAGAUUACCAGUAAAAAUGUUUCUGUUAAUAUGCCCGUGAUCAAACAGAAGAAUGCAGAUUACGAUCAAAUCUGUUCAAGACUGUUCUGUAGCCAUGAAAUUUCAGAUCGAAAGACGAUCCAUUGAAUCACACAGCUAGCUAAAAACCCAUUUAAUUACAAACUUUGUCAACUGGCUGAAUUAAGGAAACGAUUGCAAACGUGCAAGUCGUCUUGUGUUCAACGCUGAAUUAUUGAUUGCAAUCUGCAAAUAACAAACAAAGACGAGAUUGCACAAAAAUGUUUUUGAUAUACUUUGAUAAAGAAGGGAGAAAAUUUCCAGCAAAAACACACUCUAAUAACUAAGAAAUUAUGUGCGGUGUGAACUAAGGAACAUACACGAAAUCUAGUAUUGGAUGUGGAUGCUUUGAUUGAAAUGAUUGAAAGGUUAUACAACCAAAUAUUUAUAAAAAGAAUUUGACAGACUUAUUGGUUUUUAUCAUAUCGAGCGUAGAUUUAAUUUCGCGAAUUGUUGAAUGUAAUUAUCAAAAUGCUUUAACAAGGUGACACACCAAGUCUGAUACCAUUGCAAAAUUCACCAUAUUUUUU